AUGAGGAUGUUGGGGCUGGAGCAGGUAAUGAGGAAGAAAAAUAUUGAUGAGGCUGAUGGUGUUGGUGAAGGUGGUGAAGCCGAAGUAGGUAAUGAGGAAGAAAACAUUGAGGCGGAUGGUGUUGGUGAGGGUGUUGAGUCUGGAGUAGCUAAUGAGGCUGGAGUUGGUAAUAAGGAAGAUGACAUUGAUGAGGAUUAUGUGGCAACUGAGGGUAGUUAUGAGGACAAUGAGUUCCAAUUUAGUGGAGAAUCUGAUGUGAGUGAGAUGAAUUGGACCAAGGUUCUUCCACAAGAGACAUUGGGUGAGAUUUCAAGCUGCGAGAAAGAGAAAGAUCAGAUUAAGGGACUUGUUCCAGCUGUUCAAGCCAUUAGUGACAAUAUGGAGUGUAGAUUGUGUGUUAAGCAUUUGUAUGGCAACUGGAAGAAGAGACACUCAGGACUUGAACUCAAAGAAGUAUUGUGGGCUGCUGCUAGAGCAACAACAAUUCCUGCUUGGGAAAAGGCAGUGCUGAAAAUGAAGACAAUGAAAGAGGAUGCAUGGAAGGACAUGGUGGAUAUACCUGCUAGCCAUUGGAGCAGAUCACAUUUCAACACCUAUACCAAAUGUGAUUUACAGGUAAACAAUAUGUGUGAAGCAUUCAAUAGGGCUAUUUUAGAGCAUAGAGAGAAACCCAUUAUCACAUUAUUGGAGGGCAUCAAACAAUACAUCACUAAGAGGAUUGCAAAUCAGAAGGAGUUGCUUCAGGGGUACACAGGUUCAAUAUGUCCUAAAAUUCAACUGGUCAUUGAGAAGCAUAAGCAGCAAGCACAAGGGUGGAGUUCUACUUGGCAUGGUGAUGAUGACAUUUCCAUAUUUGGUGUCACUAAUGGCAAUGAUACCUACUGUGUUGAUCUUAAGAAGGAAACUUGCUCAUGUAGGAAGUGGCAACUGACUGGUAUACCUUGUAGCCAUGUGAUUGCAUGCAUUUGGAACAUCAAGAAAAAGCCAGAGGAGUAUGUUGCUUCAUGUUAUAGAAAAUCAACUUUUAUGGAGACUUAUUCCCACAUUGUGUAUCCAACCAAUGGACUACAGUUGUGGCCUGUGGAUGAUCAGAAUCAAGUUGAACCCCCAGUUAUGAGAAAAGCAAUAGGAAGGCCCAAAAAACAAAGGAACAAAACAAAUGAUGAACCAAGGAAUCCCCACAUUUUGCCAAGGAGGUUUUCCACUGUUACAUCUCCAAAGUGUGGUGCUAUGGGACAUAAUAAAAGGAGCUGUAAGGGUAAGAGUGAUGCAGAUAGGGCAAUUCCAAAGGGUGGCAACAAACCAAAGAAGGCUGCUAAGGCUAAGAAGGUGAAGACUAAGGAGAAGCAAAUAGAAAUUGGUCAAGGAUCACAAGCUCCUCAACCCACUCAGGAGUAG